UUUCAGUUUGGCAUUUUUCCCCCCGCCCCCGCCCACGGUCAACAUGACACCAGAACCUCCUCCUUAGUAAAAGUUAUCUUUACUAAUCGCCAUCUUCCACCAGUCCCAGAGGGAGUGCCCUCCACGCAGGACUCGUGUUACGAUGCCUUUACUUCAACCUACCAUGAUGUUGGUGGUGAAUGGGAGCGGAUGUCUGAGACAGGCUUCAAGCUCUGGUGCAGGUGCCUGGGUCUGGGAAGUGGCCACUUCAGAUGUGAUUCAUCCAAGUGGUGCCAUGACAAUGGCAACAACUAUCGCAUUGGAGAGAGGUGGGACCGCCGCGCAGAAAACGGUCACUUGAUGAGCUGUACUUGCUUGGGAAAUGGCAAAGGAGAGUUCAAGUGUGAACCCCAUGAUUCGGUGUGCUAUGAUGAUGGCAAAUCUUACCAGGUGGGAAACCAGUGGCAGAAGGAGUACCAGGGUGCCAUCUGCACCUGCACGUGCUUUGGAGGACAGCAGGGCUGGAGAUGUGAGAACUGCCGCAGACCAGGCGGUGAUGUUGAUGCCGGUUUGGUGCAGCCUGUGAGAUAUGGAAACAAACCAAAAAAUGUUCAUUGCCCCCUUGAGUGCCUCCGACCGGACCUGCUGGCAGACGCACACGUUCCUCCAAGUCAUCUGGAGUAAAACUGUGGACAUCUGCUUUGCUCCCUUUUUGUCCAUUUAUGCACUGCCAUACAGUCUGCUACUAAACUAACCGCCUUAUCACUUUCUUUUGUACGUUUAUCCAUAGAUGUUACACUGGCCCGCUGCCUGAUCAAAGUGAUCCUCCUCUAAAGCCAGUCUUUUCACUGUACACUCAAGGCUCUAAUUUCAUACUCAAUUGUAAAAUGAAAACCCCUAUUAUUGGUAACAUUAUCCUCAUACAUGCGUGUGUGUGUGUACUUCAGUAUAAUGUAGGACAUGUCAAACUGACAUACUUUUAAAUAUUCAAAGGGCAGAAACUUUCAGAAAGAAAAGCACUGUUAAAAAUGUCAAUGUAGUAAUUAACAAUGUUUUAAAUUGUCCCAGAAUUUUCGUUCUUCUGUUACUGAGGACUCACCCUGUGUGAUUGACACAUGUCUUUUUACUAAUGUAUCCCUUUAAUCCCAAUGUGUGAAUGUGUGAACUGGGAUGUGAGAAUUUGGAACUGUUCUAUUUUUAUACUUUUGUCCAUGCCAAUGUUGUUUCUACCGUUUGACAAAAAGUAGUCCCUUAUUUGAAUAAAGCAGGAGAUACCAAAUCCUAA